AAAAAAAGAGAAACAACCUAGAGGAGGUUGGAUACGCUUGAAGAAGGUGAGGGAGAAAGUACGAGGUGACCGGACUGGACUGAGCUUCAAGUGCGGUUACAAUGUGCGGAUGAAAGAGAGGUGCAGAGGGAAACCACCGCAGGAUCCGCGCGCCGUGUCCAGGGUUUGAGGGCCGUGGCCGAGAAGAAAGAAAGCCACAGAGAGGAGCUGAGCGACGGUGAAGCCUACAUACGCAGUCUGAAACGACGUGCGAUGGAGGACCUCGGCGAGAUGGACUGCCCGGUGGUGAAGCGGCUCUUAAAGGACGACAGCGCCAAAUGCCUGCUGCUAGACUGCCGCUCUUUCCUCGCCUUCAGCGCGGGGCACAUACGCGGCGCCGUAAACGCCCGCUGUAACACUAUCGUCCGCCGCAGAGCCAAGGGCUCCGUGCUGAGCCUGGACCAGAUACUAGCGGGAGACGAGGAGGUCCGGGGCCGCCUUCGCUCGGGGAUGUAUUCCGCAGUGGUGCUGUACGAUGAGAGGACACCGGACUCUGAGACGGUGAAGGAGGACAGCACUCUGACUCUGGUCCUAAAUGCGCUGUGCAGGGACUCCUCCGGCACUCACGUAUACCUACUGAAAGGUGGAUAUGACAGGUUUUUCACAGAAUACCCAGAGUAUUGUUUAAAAACAAAAUCCUUGCCGUCCCUCACCAGCCAGUCCAGCAUUGACUCUGCGUGCUCAUCCUGUGGGACACCACAUCACGAUCAGGGUGGUCCAGUGGAGAUCCUGCCGUUCCUCUACCUUGGCAGUGCCCUCCACGCCUCAAAGAAGGAGGUUUUGGACAGCAUUGGAAUCACUGCCUUGCUGAACGUGUCCGCUGACUGUCCAAACCAUUUUGAAGGGGUGUACCAGUACAAAUGUAUUCCAGUGGAGGAUAACCAUAAAGAAGACAUCAGCUGCUGGUUCCUGGAGGCAAUUGAGUUCAUAGACUCAGUAAGAGACUCCAGUGGGCGAGUCCUGGUCCACUGUCAAGCAGGCAUCUCUCGUUCUGCAACCAUUUGCCUUGCCUACCUGAUGAAGAGGAAACGGGUGCGUCUGGACGAAGCGUUCGAGUUUGUGCGCCGGCGUCGCAGCAUCAUCUCCCCCAACUUCAGUUUCAUGGGUCAGCUCUUGCAGUUUGAGUCUCAGCUCCUUGCUACAUCCUGUGCAGCAGAAGCUGCCGCCACGGCGAGCCCUCUACUUGGACCCAAGUCCUCAGCGACCACCACCUCAACAUCGACGACGCCCACCUCCCCUUUCAUUUUCAACUUUCCUGUUUCUGUGGUGAACCCCGCCUACCUGCACCACAGCCCACUCACAACCUCCCCCGGCUGCUGAUGGACAGCCAAUCAUAACCUCCCCCUACCAAAAUAACUAUCUGAGCACAGACUUGGCUGCCAUUAUCUGGAUGAGUGGUUGCUCUUACUGACUGCUGCAGGAUGUACAUGCUUCCAGGGCGGGGGAGGUUAAAAGUGUCAUGGUGCCUGAUUCAAAACUCAAAGACUGAAAAAAAUCUUUUUACAGUUCAGAAACCAGCCAACGCUCCUUCCUUUUCAAUACCAGAUUUCUUCACAUUGACCAAAAAUAAACUGGCUCUCAAAACCUGUUUCAGUGAACAAGUUUGGAUGGAGUGUUGGACUGACAUUUGCUGAAGUUACACCCUCUUCCUUGAAAAAAAACAAAAGGACAGCAUGCACAGAGGCACACUGAUCCACACGCUGACACAGAGAGGCAUGAACAGCAGUGAACACUCGCUGCCUCACAAACACACGCACGCAUUCAUGACUACCAACUGAAUAAGCUCAGUAUGAAGACAGGGUCUGUUGCUAUGGAGACAACAGGUCUUUAGGAGAGGAGAUGGACACAGGAAGGAAGGAGGAAUUUUAAGCACCCGAUCCUUCCCCCUUGGGUGUCCCUCCUAUUGCCAGACAAAAGAGAUGGAUGGAGAAAAGAGGGGAGGAGACGGUGAUAGAAAGCAGGAGCCUCUUCAGUGACAGGUGCUCCGACCGGAGCUUCCUGUCUUUCAUACGUCCUCUUCCUCCCUCUGUCUCUCAUCCAUACCUUCCCCUCCUCUCAUCUCCUUUCAUCCUCUUUUAUUCAUUCCCUGCCCCUCUUCUCAUCCCUGCCUCUUAUUUUCACCCCCUCUGCUCCCCAUCUCCUCACUGAAGAGGCUAAAUAGGUAAAAUAAAAUGCCAAAUAAAGGCCAGAGCCCUCACUCUUGGACUGGGAAACCCCACUGCAGGUCCUUGAUAAACUCUGUAAACCCCAUCAGUCUCUUCACAUAAAAGUUGGUUUUCAAGGACAGAGCCUACAGAAAUAAUGCCUUUACAAAAAUCAUUUUGCUCAACGGCCUGACAUAUUUGGUGGUGAUUUUUUUUAUCUUGUCUUGAAUUUUAAAUCACAGGUUGAAUUUAGGAGCACAGUGGUUCUGGAAGAUGCUUAAGACGAAGACAGAGCUGCUUAAAGAACCAUGCUGGUGGUCCUGUAUGUUUUAACCCAUUAUGAAUAAUUUGCCUUAUGGUUAAACCAUUUUCCAAAACAUAAGUUACCUUUUAUACGUAGGUGUGUAUUCUCUGUUGAUUUUCCUAAGGUACUCAGAUUAUUGGCUCCUAUGCUUUGAAAAAUGGUGAUUAUUUAGUUAAUGGGCAAAAAUGUGCACCAGCAGUGGGUCUUUUAAGAUGUUUGUGCCUUGUUCAUAAAGGUAUCCCCUGGACUUUGGUGUUCCUGGAUUUGCCAGUGAAAUGAUACUUUUUCCUUAGCUGCUAGAAAGCAUAAUGCUGAAUGUUAAUCAGCCUUUUCAGAAGAAUCUCAGAACUUCAGCUGUGCAGAACAGACUCUUUUUCUUCAAAGCAAAAGCUUUUCUCUUCAUCUUUAACCAUACACCCACAGAUUAACGCAAACACAUGCAAACACAUCAUUUUCUAUAUUUCAUGAGGCAUCAGACUCACCGUGAACUCCACAGAAAAUAUUCAGGAUAGCAAAACAAAACAAGGACACUGUAUUAAAAGCAAUCUUUGAAUAGAUUCCCUUUGCUACAAAUACCAACUCCAUAGACUGUCAACUAAUGCUUUUAAGAAAUGAAUUAAGGGAAUGAUAUACAAUGACAUUUUUUAUUGAACUGUUCUUGAAGUGGAGUAGAUUUGAGUGAUCUUAGAGGCAAUAUUUUCUCUGAUUACAUCCUUAGAUGUUUUUACAGAUCCUCCAUUUUUUUUGUUUCUUAAUAAAAGAAAGGAUAUUCAAAAACAUUUAUCAACUCCACUUUAAAAAACAUCCAGGGCCAUCAGUGUUACUCCUUGUGAGUGUAAAGCAGGAAAAACCCAAUUGUUUAUUGAUUUCAUAUUCAGAUCCAUACUAGAAAAGAAGGAGUAAUGAGAGAGUGAAUUACCCUCAGGCCUGUGUGGCCAUUAUCCAGUAACAGGAAGUUGUUCUUACGUUUCUUCAGUGUUUGACUCCUGAUGUGCACACAAACACACAAAUGCAUACCAUAGCUACAGCCUUUUCUGUUUUUCAGGCUUGUCCACAGUUCUCUCUGUAGCAUUUUGCUAGAAGUCUUGCAAUACUGUACUUACAAUCGAUACAAGAAAAGAAACAACAGCAGUGAUUUUUUUAGGCUUUCACACCCAGGUUUCAUGUUCUAACAUCACAGUCUGAGACAAUGUUUGCAGGGCUUCUGCCUUUGACCAGGCUAAGCUCUACACUCUGUGCUAGACAUCCAAAGGCACAAAGUCCAACCAUGGUCACUUUUAUACCCCAUGUACGCACAAAACAGACAGACACACAUACACACAGGGUUUCAAUGUAAGUGUUUUUGAAGAUUGUCAGCACCUAUCUCUGUAGCACUUUGAAGUGAUGCAAUACUGUAUUUAUAAUUUAUAAGUAAUUUGUACAUCAUGGUUAUGGUAGACUGGCUAAACUUUUCAUGAAGUGGUUUUGUCCAUGUUAGAGGGGGACAGAGUGAGAGAAAAGAGAGCAAAUCAGUAAAAAACGCAAUACUUUAUACAUUGUGUGGUACCUGUUUGUCUGUCGGCCUGUCUGCCUCUCUGUGUUAGUCCAUCUGUCUUGACUGUCUCUCUGUCUGGUCAAUGCUGUUUACCCAUCAUGGCAAUAUCAAUCCUUCACUUGGACAUUUAUAGAUAUAAAAACAACUUUCCCUCAAUUUUAUUGUGGAAUGAAUGAUCUGUGCAUUUAUUUAUUACUGAAAAGAC